UCUGAGGAUUGGCUGUAGUGGGAAUUCCUCCCCUGUUUUUGCAAACCAGCAGAGACAAUUGUCCACGAUGGAUAGCAAGAAGAAGGGUAUCUUGGAGCGGCUGAAUGCUGGGGAGGUGGUUGUAGGUGAUGGAGGUUAUGUGUUGCAACUGGAGCGCCGUGGUUAUGUGAAGGCAGGACACUGGACACCUGAGGCUGCUGUAGAGCACCCUGAAGCAGUGCUGCAGCUGCACAGGGAGUUCCUGAGGGCCGGAGCUGAUGUGAUGCAGACGUUCACUUUCUACAGCAGUGAGGACAAGCUGAAGAUAAGUGGCAAUGUCACCACCAUCACCGUCAGUAUGCUUUUUGUCAAAAGGACUAGAGAUGUUUUGUCAUCAUGA